AUGGCUCCUACAAAGACCGACUUCUCCACCCCCGACAUUCCCCAGUCUGCGGCGACAUUCUACGCCUCGGCCCGCACACUCAUCAACGCGCCCGCCAGCUUGGUUUUCCGCACCCUCCGCAACACCGAGACCUGGAAGGACUGGAACAGAUGGUGUCCGCGCGUGACCAUCACAGACCAACCCGACGACGAAGAUGAUGCCACUCUCGCCGAAAUCGAAGAACUCGUGCGGAACACCAGCAUUGCCGUGAACUUCGACAGUGAUAUUACAGACGGGGCGGUCAUGUCAGGACCCGAGCCUUCGAGUGCGUACCACCGGAAAAGUAAGAGUGGAAGUACGAAUGGAGCGGGCGCGGGAAGUCCGCGCCCACCUGGGAGCAGAGGGUCCGCGGGCCUUGACCGGCCAAGCAGUCCUCCGCCCGUGACGAGACAGCGGCUCGCCAGUAACGCGAGCCGCUUGUCCGGCAUGUCGCAAACCAGCCCAGACGCGUCGCGCUCCAACUCAACAGCCAACGCCAACGCCAACGGCGCCGAGCCUGCACGCCGCCUCUCUGCGGCACAAGUAUACCAAGCCGCAGGCGAAUCGCGGCGCGGCUCCCUCCCCAACAGCGUGGCAUCCCCUCCGGCAAAUACGAACGGCGGCACAGAUGCAGGCAAAGGAGGCACGGGUGUCCUCCUCCCUGCACCCAACAACCCGGCGCGCCUGAUGCCCGCGCCGGCCAACACGGAGAGCACGGCGAUCGCGCGCCGCAAGUCGACCGCCACGAGCCGCAACCGGCGCCAACUGCACAUCAACGCCCUGUACGGCGAGCCCAGCGUGCGCAUCCAGCUCGGCACCAAGAUGACGCUGCACCUGAAGAUGAAGCUGCCAGCGAGCCAAGAAUUCAGCGACCGCGCCGUCCUCGUCACCGAGGUCUCUCGCCCGGACGACCCCCUGGAGCACGACGUGCCCAUCACGGAGCUGGGCAAGAGCGUCAUCCUCCGCACGCAGACCCACACGGAUUCCAUCUCGGGCGUGUAUCGUCUCGUGUGGACCAGUGUCGCGUCGUACAACCCGCCCAAGAGCUAUCCUCGGUUCUUACUCUUCACGCAGCGCGUCCAUGAGAUUCGACCGACGGUCGACGGCGCGGGCCAGGACAUCUGCGAGUACUGGGACUGGGAGUGUCAGCGGGGGAUCAUGGCCAAGAAGAACGCAAAGACAAAGCCGUACAUGGAGGAACGGAUGGCCGAGUGGGGGACCCGAUUGGGCGAGUUCUGCGAGAGUAUGGGCGGCGCGGUGGAGAGGAGGGAUUUCGUCGGUCAAGGAUGA